UAAUAAUAACGCAAAAGGCAAUUUCACGGACAAAAGAACCCAACUUUCUCUCAUCUCUGCAAUAAACGAAGAAGCUAAAAUAGUUUUUAUUAUUUUUUAGAAAAAGAAAAAAAUCACAAAAUCCAGAGAGAUAGAGGGAUAGAUCAGAGAUGGAGAGGAGGAGAAAGCAGAUCUACGUUGUGGCAGCUCUUUUAAUGAGCUUUAUUAGCCGCAUCUAUUCUCUCUCCGUCACCGUAAACGACGUCGAAUGCGUUUACGAGUAUGUCCUCUAUGAAGGCGACACCGUUUCCGGAAACUUCGUUGUUGUCGAUCAUGACAUAUUCUGGGGUUCCGAUCACCCCGGCAUCGAUUUCACUGCAACAUCUCCUGGAGAUAAUACGGUGCACACUGUGAAGGGGACAUCUGGAGAUAAGUUUGAGUUCAAGGCUCCAAGAAGUGGAAUGUACAAAUUUUGUUUUCACAAUCCCUACGCAACACCUGAGACUGUCUCGUUUUAUAUUCAUGUGGGCCAUAUUCCCAGCGAGCAUGACCUUGCCAAAGAUGAGCAUUUGAACCCAGUGAAUGUUAAAAUUGCUGAGCUGAGGGAGGCAUUGGAGUCUGUUACAGCAGAGCAGAGGUACUUGAAAGCCCGUGAUAUUCGACAUCGUCAUACUAAUGAGAGCACAAGAAGGCGUGUCAUAGCCUACACAGUCGGAGAGUACCUUUUGCUGGCCGCUGCCAGCACACUCCAAGUCGUGUAUAUCCGUCGUCUCUUCAGCAAGUCAGUGGCAUAUAACAGGGUUUGAGCCCUGAUUAAGUCAUCGACUGUUGAUUAAUAACAUGCUGAAUUUGAUAAGAAUGGAUGACUUUAGACAACUUUUGCACAAAUGUAUGGUCUGUUGUUUCAUGGUUGUUUAGUUUUCGCAUUUCAUUUAUAAUACAAAGUUUAGAACCCAUAUUUAUUUAAA